UCAUCGUUUGAUCGCAAAACAUCAGAAAAAUCUGAAUCGGUCUUCAGCGAACGACGACUGGUGUGUGUUCCGAAAAAUGGCAGCGCUCAUCAAAGGAUUAAAGUUUGCCUCCCUAGUAGUACCCAAAAACCCGGCCCUCCUGGCUCUGGCCGCCCGACAAGCCCACGGAUGGAAUAAGGAUUUCAAACCAGCCCCCUUUCCACAGACGGAGAAGGAACGGGAAGCGGCUGCUCGUAAAUAUGGGCUGCACCCGUCGGAAUAUCAGCCACUUGCCGACGACGGUACCGGAAUCGGUGACUAUCCCAAACUGCCGGAUGUGCCCGUGGAGGCACGCGAUCCCUACUAUCCGUACGACUUUCCCGAGCUGAAGCGAAACUUGCACGAUACGUUGCACGCCGAAACUCCCCUGUGGAGUGAGGAUCGUUAUGGUGCGGCAGAACCGUCGCGCUUCCCGAUGAGAACCUACUGGCUGGCGUUUCUGGGCGUUAUGACCGGUUGCUUCGUGUUCUACUACUGGCUGGAGGAUUACAAGAUGUUCCGGCCGGUGCUGGCCAAGCAGUAUCCCCGUGACGGAAAGCAUUACACGUUCGAUGAAAAGUAGACGAGGAAAGGUAGGUUCAAAUUAUUUGGUACAAUUGUUGCGAAAUCUUGAAUUAUCUUUUUAGUACAUCUUGUCAAUAAAUAACACCUGGAAAAAAGAUUGAUUCUACAAAAUCAUGUAAAUAAAUUGGUGAAACCAAA